AUGUAUAGAAAACGUCUUACUGAUUUUCAACUCAAGCAAUCGAAAUAUCUCAAAGUUAAAGAAAAGCAGGAAACCCGAUUCCUUCGAGCAUGUAGACGAGUUUUUAAAACUAAAGAGCAAAAUAUUCCUGACCUUAAUAGGCAUAGUUUAGUCUCUGAGGACUAUGGUUUUUGCACGCCUCACUACUACAAGACAGCAAAUCGCGACGAUUCCCGCGCUGGUCGAUCCACUAUUAAAGGAUUCAACCGUCUUACUUCUAUAACACCCCUUAGUAACCAACCUUGGGUUCGAGAAUAUGAUCCUUAUCCAGAUAUGUUUAUUCCUCAUAAAUACAGGGACAUCAUCCCUAAAGAUCCUCUUUAUACGGAUACAGGAGAUUACAUAACGCCUGGGUCUCGUUCAUGGUUCACAUAUAUGAGCAACCUUCAUCGCAGGCUUUCUUCAGCUACAACUAGCCAAAAACGUAAUUAUUUGCUUCAAUCGGCACAAGAACGCGAGAGAGAAACAAGAGAAUUACUUCAAAAAGAACAAGCGAUCAAAGCUGAAGCCCGAUUUCAUGGCACCAGUGUUCAUACCUUAUCACGCCGAAGACGUGUUAGUAAUAUGCUGACAGGCAAAACCAGACACUUUCAUGAGAGAAUGAAUUAUCUCACUACCAAAAACCUGAAAGGUAAAGAUGUCGUUAGACAUGAAGAACUCGAUGCGGAGAUGGAAUCCUUUGAACUAUAUUAUAAUAGCGGGGUUAACUUUAAUCAAUCAUCAAGGAAAGCCAAAGACAAGCUCAUUAAAGAACUAUUAAAGAAGAAAGAAGUCACGUCAGAUGACACCAAAGAGUUGGAACAUCGUCCUAAGAAACGCAAUACAGCGUCAGUUGCUAACAAUUUUUUUCAUAUAGAUGAAGAUCGUCACAAACGGAAUCGUCCGUCCGAAGUUUCAGUCGAUACUACUGCAGUUGCAGGUCCUUCACGGAUUAAGUUUUAG